AUGCGCGGCGACGAUAGCAGCAGCAGCAGCAGCCGCAGCGGCAGCGGCAGCAGCAGCGGCGGCGGCGAGCGGCGCGGGGCGGCGGCGGGGCCCGCGGCUGCCUCGGCGGCGGCGCCCCCCCCCCCCAGCAGCAGCAGCAGCAGCAGCAGCAGCAGCAGCAGCAGCGAGGCGCUGAAGCAGCGGUGCAACUCGCUGUUCAGCACGUUCGACGGGCAGCCGGCGGGGGCGCAGCGGGCGGCGGGGCUGGAGCUGAGCAGCGCGCGAGUGGUGGGGUCGCUGGGAGACAGCACGUGGUUCGGGGCGGACGCAGAAGCAGCAGCAGCAGCAGCAGCAGCAGCAGCAGCCGCAGCGCCGGCGGCGCGGAUGAGCGAAAAGUACGGCGCGCAGUUCGCGCAGGUCCAGCAGCUGCUGCUGCAGAAGGGCUGGUUCGCAGAGCCCGUCGCGAAGGAACACCUCCUCGACUACUACAACCACCUCGGACUCAACGAGUUCUACUUCAAAACCGCCAGCCCCAAGUCCAUCGCCGACAACCUCCUCGCCGUCAUCGCCGCCAGGGCCCUCCACUCCGUCUCUGGCGACGACUACUUCCCGGAGAUUCGCCAGCGCGACGAGCGUUCGGGCGACGUCUUUGCGUUGGCGAAGGCGUCGCUGACUGCGAGCGGCGCGCCGCGGAACUACCUGGUGGAGCGUGCGUUCGAGCUGCAGUUUCUGGACAUGGGGUGGGGUUUGCGGGCGCCGCCGCAGCAGCAGCAGCGGCAGCAGCAGCAGCAGCGGCAGCAGCAGCGGAGGCGGAAGCAGCAGAUGCGCAUGCAGUGCUACCGCAGCACCGGCAGCGUCUUCGGCAUGGACGGCGGCGCCGAGAGGCUCCGCACUUACUUCUUCCAGGUCGCCAAGUUCCCCAAGAGGCCCGAGCAGGUUGUUGACGACUCCACUGGCCUCGCCCUCUUCGUCAACGUUGUCCCUCGAGGCACAGGGCACAGAAUUGAUUUGGCAUUUCGCCGUGGGCCCCACACGGAGGAUUUCUUCUCGCAGUUGGGAGACUGCGUGACGAUGUGGGGUUUCUACAGCAGCAGGAAGUAUGUGGAGCCUUUGGCGAAUGGAGCAGCAAUUAUAACAAGUUUUAUUGAAACCCUUCCUGAAGAUGAACUCCCAAACCCUCAACUGAGCCAAGAACAAAGAAUCGACCACCUGCUGACGGACCUGCGCAUUCUGUUUACAAUGCCGAAAACGAAGUUCACCAACUUGGCCCGAGAAAGACUCCUCACUGUCCAGGAAACCGCCUACGCCCUUUGCGCCUGCCAAUUCGCUCUCCACUUCUCCGCCACCGUCGGCAGCAGCUUCCCCAGAAUCGAAAAACUUGUCAAACAAUUCGGAGGAAAGAGCCUGACGAUGCAGGAAGUUUACGAGCUGCGGACUCGACUAAAAGUUUGUCCUUUUACAGAAGACUUGAUUUACAAAGUUGUCAAAGAAAACCCCCAAAUGCUCAAACUCCUCUACAAGGAAUUCGAAAGUCUGCACAACCCGCGCGUGGCGCGUCGGUGCGCGGCGCCGUCGAGCGCAGCAGCAGCAGCAGCAGCAGCAGCAGCAGCAGCAGCAGCGUCGCCGCUGCGGGGCCUGGUGGCGCAGCUGGACGCGUUCGAAGCAGUUCCGGUUUUUAUGAAGUUUUUGGAAUUCAACUUUUCGACAUUAAAGACGAACUUCUUCGUGCCUGCGAAGUGCGGCUUCGGGUUUCGACUUUGCGGAGAGUUUUUGCCAAAAGAGGACUUCGAAAACAAACCCUUUUCUGUGGUUUUCCAUCUUGCUGCUGCAGCACUGGGGCUGCACGUGCGCUGCAGCGAAGUGGCGCGCGGGGGUUUGCGGCUGGUGCGCAGUGUGGGGUUUGGGGUGUACGUACAGAACGCGAGGGCGCUUGUUGAUGAAGUUUUCAGACUUGCUUUCACUCAACACUUCAAAAACAAAGACCUUUCCGAGGGCGGCAGCAAAGGGGUCAUUCUGCUCAACCCGCAGAACUCCGAGGAGGAGGCCCAGGCGCUCUCCCCCGUCGCCUUCAAGGCCUUCGUCGACAGCAUGUUGGACUUGCUGCUGCCGCACCAUGACGUGGUGGAUCGGCUGGGCAUUCCGGAGGUUUGCUUUUUGGGGCCGGACGAAAACACAGCAACGGGGGGCCUCCCCGACUGGGCCGCGGAAAGGGCCCGCGAAAGGGGGGCCUGGUUUUGGAAGGCCUUCACCACCGGCAAGCGCCCGGAGAACGGGGGCAUUCCCCACGACGUGUUUGGGAUGACGACGGCGAGUGUGGAGACCUACGUGCGACUUGCACAUCUGACGGUACCUGCUCAUCUUUGGCUCUCGUAUACGAAUUACCGUGCUGAUUAUCAGCCAUUUUUGCCGGUCUCUGUGUUUCUAUAG